CUUCAGGAUACCUUUCACAAAGAUGACGCCGAAGGCAAAGAAGGAAGCCCCUACCCCUCCCAAAGCCGAAGCCAAAGCAAAGGCUUUGAAGGCCAAGAAAGUGGUGCUGAAAGGCAUCCACAGUCACAAAAAAGGAAGAGCAGCCUAUCACCUACAUUCUGAUGGCCAUUCUGAUGGCCAUUCUGAUGGCGUCUCCAAAGGCAGCCCAAAUAUCCUUAAAAGAGCGCCUCCAGAGAAACAAGUUGCCCUGUGCCAUCGUCGAGUUCUCUGUGACCACCGAGUCAGCCCUGAAGAAAAUAGAAGACAACAACACACUUGUAUCCAUUGCCAAUGCCAAGGCCAGCAAACACCUGAUCAGACAGGCUGUGCAGAAGCUCUAUGACAUUGACGUGGCCAAGGUCAACACCCGGGUUGGGCCCAACGGAGAGAAGAAGGCAUACGUUCUGCUGAGUCCCGACUAUGACACUUUGGAUUCCGCCAACAAAAUUGGCUUCAUUGAGAUGGAGUCCAGCUGGCUAAAUCUAAAUAUACAUUUUUUUUCCACCAUAAAAAAAAAAAUCAACUUCAGGAUAGAGCCUAAACUCCAAAUACUCAUUAAAUGUUUAUUGGUCCUUCAUGUAUCCGUGAGGCAAGAGGUCCCCAGAUGGUUCCACAGCUCAGGAAUGAGCAAGUUUGCUAAGCUCAGGUGA